AAAAAGGCAAUGCCUUUGCCCGCUACAGCCGGGCUACCGGAAUCGACUCAACAACUCAAGCCGUUUACAAAUCAAAUCAGUAAACGCUCAAAACCCUCCUCUCUGGCACGGCGGCGCCCCUUUCUCCUCCCAAAAGUGCCGCUCUUCCUUUCUGCUCUCUGCAGCCGCUGCAGCAAAUCACAACGAAGCUGCUGACAGGCUCUAGCCGCGAUGCCUUGCUCUUAAUAUCUCUCUGGAAUUUAAGAGGAACAGAUCUCAGAGGAAGGGUUUCAGAUGGAUCAGUCAUUUUUGUUGAUGCUAUCGAAUCUACUGCACCUGCAGAACUCCCUGGACCCAACCACCUCGUUCCUCUCCUCCACGCUCUCCACCUCUUCGUCCUCCUCUGCCACCGCCGCCACCACCGCAUCUGCCACCUCCCCCGGAUCCGCCGGUUCCCCAACCUCGUUGCUCUCGACCUCAUCCUCCGCCGCGCCUCUCCUUUUCUUUACCAUCGCCUCCGUGCUCUCGUUCCUGGCCUCGUCUCGCCCCAAAAACCCUUCGGCCUCCUCUCCCAACCGCUCUUCCCCUCGUCCUCCUGCUAGGCCCCAGUCGUCCUCGGCUGCGGAUUUCUCCGUCUCGGCCUUUCGGGCUCUCUCCACGGAGCACAUCUGGUCCCUCGAGGCGCCACUCCGUGAUGCCCAGUGGCGGUCUUUGUAUGGGCUCUCCUACCCGGUCUUCACCACCGUCGUGGACAAGCUCAAGCCACAUAUUGCUCUCUCUAAUCUCUCUCUCCCAUCUGAUUACGCUGUCGCAAUGGUCCUCUCCCGCCUCGCCCAUGGCUUCUCUGCCAAAACCCUCGCUGCCCGCUACUCGCUCGAGCCUUAUCUCAUCUCCAAGAUCACCAACAUGGUCACCCGCCUCUUGGCCACCAAGCUCUACCCGGAGUUCAUCAAGAUCCCUGUUAGUCGUAGACGUUUAAUCGAGACCACGCAGGCUUUUGAAGAGCUUACCUCGCUUCCCAACAUGUGCGGAGCCAUCGAUGGGAGCCCCAUCAAGCUCCAUAGCCUCCCCAGCGACCCCAAUUUGGGUGCUAAUUACAGAUGCCGAUAUGGGUAUCCCUCGGUUCAGCUUCAGGUUGUGGCUGAUCACAAGAAAAUCUUCUGGGAUGUGUGCGUCAAGGCGCCCGGUGCGACCGAUGAUGCCACUCAUUUCAGGGAUAGUCUUUUGUAUAAAAGGCUUGCUUCCGGGGACGUUGUGUGGGAUAAGGUUAUCAAUGUAAGGGGUCACAAUGUUCGGCCGUAUAUCGUUGGGGACUGGUGCUAUCCGUUGACGUCUUUUUUGCUCACACCCUUCUCGCCAAAUGGAAUGGGCACGCCCGCUCAGAACUUGUUUGAUGGAAUGCUCAUGAAGGGGCGGUCCGUGGUGGUUGAAGCAAUUGGGCUGCUUAAGGGCAGGUGGAAGAUUCUUCAAGAUUUGAAUGUUGGACUUAAUCAUGCACCGCAGACGAUUGUUGCUUGUUGUGUCUUGCAUAAUUUGUGUCAGAUUGCGAGGGAACCGGAGCCGGAGCAGGAGCCUUGGAAGGAGCCAGAUGAGAGCGGGCCUCCGCCUAGGGUGCUUGACAAUGAGAAGUCAUUUUACUAUCAUGGGGAGAGCUUGAGGCAGGCAUUGGCUGAUGAUUUGCACCAAAGGCUUUCUUCAAGAUAAGACAUUAGAUGUCUGGGAAAAAAAAAAGGAUGAUAUUGUAACACCUUUGCUUCUCUAUGAGGAUGUUGUACUUUUUUAUCUAGUUCUAACAUGCUUCUAAUGUUUUAUUUGUUC